AUGGUGUCGACGCUCGACGUGUGGGCACUUGGCAUCACGAUCGUGAUCGGCGGUCAGUACUUUUGCUGGAACGCCGGGUUCGCCGCCGGCCUGAGCUCGUACGUCGCAGCGAUCGCGCUCAUCGGAUCCGGGUACCUCACCAUGGUGUGCAGCGUGGCCGAGGUCACGUCCGCGCUGCCGUUUGCGGGCGGCGCGUACGGCCUCGCGCGCUGCUCGCUCGGGUUUAGCGUCGGCUUUCUCGUUGGCAUGUGCGAGAUUCUAGAGUACAUUGCGUACGUCGCGUCGUCGGUGCUGUCGCUGACGCAGCUGGUGCUGAUUUUGGCGCCGUCGCUCGUCGAUGUGCAGCCGCUGCUCUGGCUGCUCAUCUACGGCGUCUCGAUUUGCAUCCAAGGCAUCGGCGGGCCCCUCUUCUGGCGCACGACCCUGCUCCUUGCCGUCGUCUCGUUCAGUAUUCUUCUUCUCUGGGCGCUCGGGUCGGCUUCGUACGUGGCGUACCCAGCGACUUUACCGCACCAUAAUGGCGACGGCAGCUUGAAGACCUUUAUGACCAACCUCCCGCUCGCCGCGUGGCUCUACGUCGGCGUCGAAGCGGUCUCUCUCGCGAGUGACGAGGUCGAGAAUGCAAAGGCUGUCGUGCCCAAGGCGCAGCUGUACUGCAUACUGACGCUGCUCGCCACGUCCGUGGUGUCGGUCGUCUUGUGCGUGGGCCUUCCCCCGGGCGUCGACCAGCUCCCGACCGUCCUGGCCACCAUGAGCUCGGGGUUUAUCUUGUUCACGGGGCUCUCGGACCAAGUCGUGACGGCCUUUGCGAUCCCUGCGACGUUUGCGACGGUCUUUGGCUUCAUCUUUGCCUACGGCAAGCUCAUUGCCGCGCUUGCGAGCUCGCAGCUGCUGCCGCAUGUGUGCGCGCACCAGUUUGGACCGCACAAGACGCCGCUCGUCGCGCUGCUUCUCGGGUCAUGCGUCGGGUACCUCCUGUGUCUGCUGGUCUUCUUUUGCCCGGGCGUCGGCCACAACCUCUUCAACAUUUGCAUGCUCAGCGCCUCAACCGGGUAUGCAUCCCAGUGCGUUGGCUACGUCGUGCUGCGUCGCAAGUUCAAGCACAUUCAGCGGUCGCAGCCGAGCGUGUUUGGCAUCCCAGGCGCGAUGUACGCACUCGCCGUAUGGGCCCUCGUCAUCGUUGCCAUUGCCGGCUUCCAGAACGACAGCGGCACGGCGCUGAUGAGCUUUCUGAGCCUCCUCUGCCUCCUCAGUGUCUACUACCACGGCUACGCCAAGACGCGCCAGACCUUCUCGGAAGACGAGCGCAAAGUACUCUUCGUCGCGCACAUCGCCAAGUGUACGCUCCUCGUACCACUCAAGGCCAAGCAGUACCCGCACCGCGCACCGGCCGGCGGCACGGACGGGCGCGGCCUCAAACUGGGCUCCAAGGGCUCGGCGCUCCUCCGGUCCAUGAAGUCUGCCAUGUCGAUGCAGUCGAAGCGCGAGUCGGCGUACGCGCGCCAGGUCCAUGUCCACCCAGCCAGCUAA